AUGCCACCUAGCCGGUUAAUCGUUGUAUGCUGCCACGGCAUAUGGAUGGGUGGAGUGCAUAAGGGCCGCGACGAGUCGGAAUGGCUGAUUGCCGAUUUCCAACGUGGCGAGACGCUCACGUUCAUCGAGCAUGCUCGAGCCGGUGUGUCUAGUCUUGCUCAGAGCGAGGACGCAGUCUUAGUUUUCUCGGGAGGUCCCACCCGCCAGGAGACAGGACUGAGUGAAUCCGAAAGUUAUGCCAACCUCGCCCGUGAAAAUGAUUACUGGGGCCAUCGCAACUUGUCCCCCUCACGCAUCCUAUGCGAGGACCGCGCGCUGGACUCGUACCAGAACAUCCUGUUCAGCCUGACGCUCUUCCACGCGCGGUACGCCGAGUGGCCGUCCCACCUCACGCUCGUGAGCCACGCAUUCAAGCGUCCGCGCCUGGUGGACGGCCACUGCGUCGCUAUAGGGUGGCCCCUGGACAGGUUAGACUACGUGGGUAUCGAUCCGCCGGGCCUGGACGGCAAGACGGACGCCGUGGUCGGUGUGGCUGCUGCGGUGGGCGACUGGGCUGACGAUCCGCAUGGACGCGGGGACAAGCUGCGUGGGAAGCGGACGGGGAGAAACCCUCACGGUGUUUGGCAGGGUGUAUAUGAACGAGGU